AUGGCUGGUGAAAAAACAGAUCAAUCAGAUGCUCAACAAGUACAUUUAGACCAACAAUCACCUGUACAGCAACAAGCUCGACCAACAACAAAUCAACCUGGUGGUGGUAGUGGUGGUGGUAACCCAACGACAGGCGGAACAGCUCCUGCUCAAGCCAGACCACAACAGGCUCGUGGUAACCAACCCCAAUAUUCCCAAGCUGACUUGAACAGAAUCGUAUUGGAAUACCUUAACAAGAAGGGAUACCAUCGUACUGAAUCCAUGCUUCGUUUAGAAAGCACAAAUACGCCUACUCCAUCUGUGGCUCCAGUUACCCCAUCCACCACUGCAUUAGCCAGCCCGGGUGAGUUGGACGGGAAGAAGGAAAAAGUUCUCAAAGAUAAGUUGUCUCGAAAUGAACGCGAGUUACGAGAAUUACGUGAGAAACAACUGAAGAUUGAACGUGAAUUGAGAGAAACUAAGGAUCGUGAAGUAAGAUUGGCCAAGGAGAAGGACUUGCAAGGAUUACGUGAGUUGGAGCAAAAGAAGAAAAGAGAAAGUGAUCCAGCGAUAUAUACUACCGCUUAUUCUAUGUUGAGACGCUGGGUUGAUUCCAGUUUGGAUUUAUAUAAGCCGGAAUUGUCUCGUGUAUUGUAUCCUUUAUUUAUUCAUUGUUUCUUAGAAUUAAUUUCUAAAGGGUAUGAUACUGAUGCAAAGAAAUUUUUCGAUAAGUUUAAAUCAGACCAUUUGAUCUUGCAUGGUGUGGAAGUUAGCAAGUUUGCUGGAUUGGCCUUGCCUGAACAUUUAGAAGAGAAUGAAUUGGCCGUGGCUUAUCGUAAUCACAAGUACAGGAUCUUGGUUUCUAAAACAUCAUUGAAUUUAUUACUUUAUUUCCUUCAUGAAAACGAGGCCGUUGGUGGUGGGAUUUUAAUUAGAAUCAUCAAUCAAUACUUAGAUCCUGUCAUCUCGAUAAACAGACCGGAUAAGGUUGACCGUGAAGGUGAAGCCAAUCCCGAAGAAGGUAUCCCUGAAUAUGUCACCGAUACAAACGAGGUUGAAAAAUUUAACGAACAAGGAGUGAAGUUAGGAAAAUUACCAAUUGAUCCUGACGUUCAAAAGGAAAUUGAAGCUGAAUUAAAAAUCAAAGAUGAGAAAAUAGAACCUGUAAACGGGAAAACCUUGACAGAAGAAUUCCAGGAAAUGACUAAACCAGACCAGGACUCCCCUGCUAGAGAAUCUCUUCCAUUACCACUUAAAGACCAUGGAGAUAUCCGAAGAAUGAUUUUAGAAGUGGAAGAUUCAAGAUCAAAAAUUAAACUUGGUUCCAUUCAAGCUAGUGCUCCUUCUGUCUGUAUGUACACUUUCCACAACACAAACAAUGACAUGACAUGCAUAGAUUUUAAUGACGAUUCAAACAUGGUCGCUGCUGGGUUCCAUGACAGUUAUAUCAAAUUAUGGAGUUUAGACGGUAAACCAUUAAAAUCGGUUUUCAAAAAGGAUCGCCAUCGUCAUGAAAAUACCAGAAAGUUAAUUGGCCAUAGUGGACCAGUAUAUGGUGUUUCAUUUUCCCCAGAUAAUAAGUUCUUAUUGUCUGCCUCCGAGGAUAAGACUGUCAGAUUGUGGUCGUUGGACACAUACACUGCUCUUGUAUCUUACAAAGGUCACAAUCAACCAAUUUGGGAUGUGAAAUUCUCACCAUUAGGACACUAUUUUGCUACAGCAUCCCACGACCAAACUGCAAGAUUAUGGGCUACCGACCACAUAUAUCCAUUAAGAAUCUUUGCUGGACACAUAAACGAUGUUGACUGUGUUGAAUUCCAUCCUAAUUCCAAUUACGUUUUCACUGGGUCAAGUGACAAGACGUGCAGAAUGUGGGAUGUCCAAACUGGUCAUUGUGUACGUAUAUUCAUGGGUCACACAAAUCCAGUCAACUGUAUAGCUGUUUCGCCAGAUGGAAGAUGGCUUGCUAGUGCCGGUGAAGAUAGUGUUGUUAACUUAUGGGAUAUUGGUACAGGAAGAAGACUCAAGACUAUGAAGGGUCACGGAAGAUCUUCAAUCUACAGUCUUGCUUUCUCGCGUGAUGGUUCAGUGCUAGUUAGUGGCAGUGCCGACAAUAGUGUUAGAGUAUGGGAUGUUAAGAGGAAUACAAACGAUGCCGGUCCAGAACCAGAGGCAUUCUCGUUACUAGGUGAUGGUAAGACAGAUAACACUACCACAGCUAAUGGCAAACCAUCUGAAAAGGUGAAUAAGAAAGAAAUUAUCGCUACUAGUGAUCACAUGACUGCUUAUUUCACCAAAAAGACACCAGUUUAUAAAGUGCAUUUUACAAGACGGAACUUAUGUCUUGCUGGUGGUGCAUUUUCAGGAUGA